UUUGUGAUUUGAACAAUGCUUUAUCAAAAUUCUAUUGUGAUUUGCUACCUGAUAUUGAGCUGCACCCAUAUUUUUGUUAAAGCUAGAGUAUUCAACAACUUUCCAGCUCAAUAUGCAGAAAAUAGUCAAAUCCCAGAAAUUUCAAAUUUCCCUGAAGCCAAUUCUAUUCAAGAAAAUCCCACGACUUAUGGCACCCGGCCAACUCUGAAAAUCCCGUUCCAAAUGAUAGUCACCCCUGAUUCUAAAUCACUGCAAUUCUACAACCCAAUGCUUGCCUACCGGGAGGCUACUCAAUCCAAUGAGCCACGUGUCAUCGUGUAUAACUCGGAGCUACGGGAUUUGGAGAAAUUCUACCAGCAGCCACUUUUUGAUUGAAUAAAAUUUUGUUUGAAAUGAACUCUAGUUUUUGAA